AUGGCGGUGAAAGUUUUUGACUUGAACCAUGAUGGCAAUGAAUAUUUUGUCCCGUUUAUCCGUUAUUAUAUUCAACAACAGAAAUUCAAAGAAGCUGCUGUUUCAAUAACUAAACUUGGUUUACAAGAUCAUUUUGAAGUGAAUGAAGUUCUUAUUCCCUUGCUGAUACAGGACAAAGUUAACAUGCUUGAGAAUUAUGUCAUUGGAAGACCUGAAUUACAAAAACAAGUUGUGGAAUUGUUGGAUGGAUUAUGUGACCGUGAAAGUAAUAUUGAAGAGUUCAUUAGUCAAUCGGGAGUCGAGGUUGUGAAAAGAUCCAACUUAAAUCGUAAAACUUUAAGUAAACUUGCUGUAAGAUUAAUGAAGCUGUACCAAAUACCAGCAUCGUUGUGCCCAAAUAUUUCAAACGCUCGUGGUUAUGGUGCAUUAAAGUAUCUUCUGUAUAAAAGAUAUAUCGAAGGAACCAUGGGGUCUGGAUCGUGGGAAGAAAUGGUCCAAUCAGCAGUUGGGGACAGUGUCUACUUAAAAGAGCAGCUACUAGAACAGCUCAUGUGUUAUAAUGAUCUUAAAGAAGCGGUGAAAUGGGCAAAAUCUUUUGAGCUUCCAGAUUCAAGUAUACCUCAACCAGUUUUAGAAGCGAGGGAUAAAUUUGAGCAGCAGCAAAAUACUGAUGACUGGGAUAGCGAGAUUUUAUCCGACAAGGACAUGUCCGUCUUUUAUUAUCAAUUGUCACUACCUCUAGACAAUAUUACUGUCGUAGAUGAUAAACACUUGCUGAAAAUUUGCUCUGAGCGCCUGGCAAUUCCAGACACAGUGAUAGGAAUUGACUCUGAAUGGAAACCAUCCAUGGGCGCUGAAACAGUUGGCGUGGCUUUAAUUCAACUGGCUGUUCAAGAACAUAUAUUUCUGUUUGAUAUGACAACUCUGAUCACAAUCUUGUCCAAAGAAGAAAUUUGCAGUUUUAUGGAAUUGGUUUUUUGCAACCCUGAUACAAUCAAAUUAGGUUACGGGUUCGAUGCUGACAUGCAUAUGUUGGUAAAAGGUUUUCCAUAUUUCAAAGAUAUUUUAGUCAAUGUUCAAAGAUUUAUAGAUUUGGCAGAGACUUGCAAUGAUGAAAACUUUGAUGGUGAACCGGAUUCGGCGAGAUCGAAAACCAGUUUUACAAAGUCGGAAGAGAAAGGAUUAAGUGAACUUGUGCGGCAGUGUUUUGGAAAACCCCUAAAUAAAGGCGAACAAAUGUCAAAUUGGGAGCGGAGGCCUUUAAGAGUUGAGCAAUUGAUUUAUGCCAGCCUUGAUGCUUAUGUUUUACUGGAACUCUACGACCAUUUGCAAAACCACUGCAAACUGAAUGACAUCAAUAUUGAAAUGGAACCUCAGACGAAAGUUAACUUUUCCAAAAAAUCAAAGCAAGACAAAAAAAAAGCGAAGGCAGCAGGUCUAACACUGCGUGAUAAGAAAAAAGAAAAAGAAGAAAGGGAACAGAAAAUGGCGUCCUUGCUGCAUUCGAAAACUGACUCUAACUAUGUGAUCAGUCCUAAUGAAUUACGUGUAGUUUGUGACACCAUGUUGCAAGGUACUGGUCGGUAUUUACGAAGUUGCGGUGUGGAUGUCAAAAUUAUGGAAAAUCACGAGGAGCAUGACCAAGCGAUUAAAAUCGGAACGACUGAGGGGAGGAUCAUUCUAUCCAGCGGGGCUCCGUUUCAGAGAAUAAAAUCAUACGUGGGUGAAGAAAAAUGUUACAAUGUUCUUUCAAUGGGAGCUCAAGAGCAGGCGACAGAAGUUUUGAAACACUUCAAUGUCAAGGUCACUCAGCGAGAUAUUUUUAGUCGCUGUCAAGUAUGCAAUGGAGAUCAGUAUGCCAAAAUGGCGCAGAAGGAUAUGCAGGAAAUUGCACGACGAAGGGACGAGAUGUGCAAAUCAUCUUUUAAAAAUGAGCGGGAAAUAGACAAUCAUCUGAUGCAAAAAUUCCUGGAAGAGUACGGAAUUGAUAUUCAGAAUUUGACAUUCGUUCAUAACAAUGUUACUAUUCAAAUAGACAUUAUACCUCGGCCAAUGAUUUCGAAAGUGGAUAUGUUUUUUGUAUGCACUUCUUGUGGUAAAAUAUUUUGGGAGGGUAGCCAUUUUUCUAGGAUUUGCGACCAGUUUUCUCAUAUAUUGUCUUUAUCAGAGGGAAGCGAUAAGAAUCGGUCGAACAUCUAUCAAACUUAA